AUGGCGUUUUCUUCUCUUUCUUCUUUUCUUUUUUCCUUAAAAACUUCUCCCGCCAUUUUCUCUGCCUCUGAAUUGUCUGCCAUUAAUAUCAUUGUCUUCCACUGUCUUUCCUUUUUCUUCUCUUCCUCUUCUUCGACUGUCUUUCCUUUUUCUUCUCUUCCUCUUCUUCGACUGUCUUUCCUUUUUCUUCUCUUCCUCUUCGACUGUCUUUCCUUUUUCUUCUCUUCCUCUUCGACUGUCUUUCCUUUUUUCUUUCCUCUUCUUCGACUGUCUUUCCUUUUCUUCUCUUCCUCUUCGACUGUCUUUCCUUUUUCUUCUCUUCCUCUUCUUCGACUGUCUUUCCUUUUUCUUCUCUUCCUCUUCUUCGACUGUCUUUCCUUUUUCUUCUCUUCCUCUUCGACUGUCUUUCCUUUUUCUUCUCUUCCUCUUCUUCGACUGUCUUUCCUUUUUCUUCUCUUCCUCUUCAACUGUCUUUCCUUUUUCUUCUCUUCCUCUACGACUGUCUUUCCUUUUUCUUCUCUUCCUCUUCUUCGACUGUCUUUCCUUUUUCUUCUCUUCCUCUUCUUCGACUGUCUUUCCUUUUUCUUCUCUUCCUCUUCGACUGUCUUUCCUUUUUCUUCUCUUCCUCUUCGACUGUCUUUCCUUUUUCUUCUCUUCCUCUUCUUCGACUGUCUUUCCUUUUUCUUCUCUUCCUCUUCUUCGACUGUCUUUCCUUUUCUUCUCUUCCUCUUCGACUUUCUUUUUCUUUUCUUCUCUUCCUCUUCUUCAACUGUCUUUCCUUUUCUUCUCUUCCUCUUCGACUGUCUUUCCUUUUUCUUCUCUUCCUCUUCGACUGUCUUUCCUUUUUCUUCUCUUCUCUUCUUCGACUGUCUUUCCUUUUCUUCUCUUCUUUCUUCGACUGUCUUCCUUUUCUUCUCUUCCUCUUCGACUGUCUUUCCUUUUUCUUCUCUUCCUCUUCUUCGCCUGUCUUUCCUUUUUUUCUCUUCCUCUUCUUCAACUGUCUUUCUUUUUCUUCUCUUCCUCUUCGACUGUCUUUCUUUUUCUUCUCCUCUUCUUCGACUGUCUUUCCUUUUCUUCUCUUCCUCUUCAACUGUCUUUUCCUUUUCUUCUCUUCCUCUUCGACUGUCUUUCCUUUUCUUCUCUUCCUCUUCUUCGACUUCUUUCCUUUUCUUCUCUUCCUCUUCUUCGACUGUCUUUCCUUUUUUCUUCUUUCCUCUUCUGUCUUUCCUUUUCUUCUCUUCCUCUUCGACUGUCUUUCCUUUUUUCUUCUCUUCCUCUUCUUCGACUGUCUUUCCUUUUCUUCUCUUCCUCUUCGCCCUGUCUUUCCUUUUCUUCUCUUCCUCUUCAACUGUCUUUCCUUUUUCUUCUCUUCCUCUUCGACUGUCUUUCCUUUUCUUCUCUUCCUCUUCGACUGUCUUUCCUUUUUUCUUUUCCUCUUCUUCGACUGUCUUUCCUUUUCUUCUCUUCCUCUUCAACUGUCUUUCUUUUUUCUUCUCUUCCUCUUCGACUGUCUUUCCUUUUCUUCUCUUCCUCUUCUUCGACUUUUUCCUUUUUUCUUCUCUUCCUCUUCUUCUCUUUUCCUUUUUCUUCUCUUCCUCUUCGACUGUCUUUCCUUUUCUUCUCUUCCUCUUCUUCGACUGUCUUUCCUUUUCUUCUCUUCCUCUUCUUCAACUGUCUUUCCUUUUUCUUCUCUUCCUCUUCCUUUUUCCUUUUUUCUCUUCCUCUUCGACUGUCUUUCCUUUUUCUUCUCUUCCUUUCUUCGACUUUUUCUUUUUCUUCUUCCUCUUCCUCUUUCCUUUUCUUCUCUUUCCUUUUCUUCUUCUCUUCCUCUUCUUCGACUGUCUUUCCUUUUCUUCUCUUCCUCUUCUUCCCACUUUUUCUUUUCCUCUUUUCCUUUUCCUUUUCUUCUCUCUUCGCCUGUCUUUCCUUUCUUCUCUUCCUCUUCGACUGUCUUUCCUUUUUCCUUCUCUUCCUCUUCUUCGACUGUUUUUCCUUUUCUUCUCUUCCUCUUCGCCUGUCUUUCCUUUUCUUCUCUUCCUUCUUCGACUGUCUUUCCUUUUUCUUCUCUUCCUCUUCGACUGUCUUUCCUUUUCUUCUCUUCCUCUUCUUCGACUUUCUUUCCUUUUCUUCUCUUCCUCUUCAACUGUCUUUCCUUUUCUUCUCUUCCUCUUCGACUGUCUUUCCUUUUCUUCUCUUCCUCUUCUUCGACUGUCUUUCCUUUUUCUUCUCUUCCUCUUCUUCGACUGUCUUUCCUUUUUCUUCUCUUCCUCUUCGACUGUCUUUCCUUUUUCUUCUCUUCCUCUUCGACUGUCUUUCCUUUUUCUUCUCUUCCUCUUCUUCCUCUUUCUUUCCUUUUUCUUCUCAUCUACUUCUUCCUCUUUUUUUAGUUUUUCUUCUCUUCCAUUUCUUUCCUUGACUUUUAUUUCUUUUCACUUCCUCUCAUUCCUGGCUUUUCUUUUCUUCUCUUCUUCUUCCUCUAUCUUUUCUUUUUCUUCUUUUCUUCUUCUUCUUCCUCUGUCUUUUCUUAUUCUACUCUUCCUCUUUUCCUCUAUCUUUUCUUUUUCUUCCCUUUUUCUUCUUUUUACGCCAGUCCACAAGGUUCGAAGAAAGAUUGUUCGCGAUGAGAUUUUUUUCCGCUCAGAAUUUUGA